UUUUCUUAUUAAAGUAUCUGCACGGUCAGAAUAAGCACGAUUAUCUUGAGUUGUGUAGGAAAUUCACUAUACUGACUAUAAGCAAUAAAAAUUAUAUGUUUUGUGUUGGAAUUGUGAUUUAAUCACAGCAAGGAAUUAACAAUAGUAGCAUCAUGUCGAUGGUAUGGAUGCCUUGGUUAACAUCUGCCAGCGAACUACGUGAUACGUUGUACGAGGUUCCCGACAGUAUUCUGAUCGACUUAUGGAAUCGUUUACGCCCUGAAUUAAGUCUUUGGGUUGGCAACAACAAGCAAAACAUUAACGAAAAGGGAUACCGACUUGCUUCUACUGGAUACAUCCAGCAGCUGCGCGCAAAAAAGGUCAAUGGAGUACUAGAAGUGACAGCCAAAGGACACUCCGAAAUGAAGCCGCUUUCGUAUUUUCUCGGUCUCAAAGUUGAAGUGGAAGCCAGAGAAGCUACGAAAAUCACUGCAUCUGAAUGUUCCUGUCGCGCUGGGGGUGGGAACGGGACCAACGCAUUAUGCAAGCAUAUAUUCGCACUAGUAUACGCGCUGCGCAUUGUCGUUGACGGGGGGCCCAUUCCCAUGUGGCGAUCUGCAUUGCCCGUUACCAGUAUGGAGCAACAGUGGGGCGUUCCGUCUCUUCGCUCUCGCUGUAGUGAGCUUUUACCUGGACGUGCCGACUUGUAUGCAGCAUUCAUGAGGCCCGAACUGAGGCACAAGUGGAAGCCCCGCUUAGAAAGCCGAAUCCAUCCAGCUCACCGGCAGAUUAGCUCCGAAGAAAUGCGCGAAAUAAGGAAUGCCUUGUCAAACACUAAAAUAUUCCCGAAGCAUCUUUUGCGUCUUUUGGAGGAAGAAUCCGUUAACCUUCGGCUUCCCAGGUCCACCAGCCCCGACCUUACGAACCCCUUUGUUGAUCAUUCAGUUUGGGAUGUCACAGUUCCAGCGCUGCCAUUGAGAGAAAACGUUUUAAGCAGGAAGUUUUCAGAAUCGUUUUUACCACACCUUAGUACAGAAACGGGCAAGUUCUACUUCGAAACUGUGCAUAUUGAUUACAACAAGUGCGUUGUGGUUGAAAAUUCAACACGUCUGCAGUCGAAAUGUACGGAGUGGAAUUACCAUCGGUCUUUGCGAGUAACUUCAUCCAAUACAAAAGUCAUUUGCACUGCCAUGCAACGAAACACAGAAGAUAAAGAAGACCGCCUAAAAAAGCUGGCGUUGGCGCAAAUAUCUCCGAAAUCUGUAUCCCAUAUCCCAGCCAUUCGACGUGGCAAUGAACUGGAAGAUGAGGCGGUGGAGAUGUUCUGCAAACUUGCGUCGAGCAACAUGACAACUGUUUGUAAUUUUAGAGUUGGUUUUUGUAUACAUCCGGCGGAACCAUGGAUCGGUGCUUCGCCGGAUCGGCUUAUUCGAGAGACGGAUGAGAGUACGGGGGAGGUGACGUGGGCAUUGCUGGAAGUGAAAACAUUCGAUCCGAAGAAGGAGCCUUUUCAGUUACGGUAUAUUGUGGAUGACGGUAACGGAUGUUUCAUGUUGAAACGAUCUCAUGCACAUUAUUAUCAAGUUCAAAUUGCGAUGGCUUGUACGGGACUUCGAAAUUGUUAUUUUUUUGCAUACGCAAACGCCGGGAAGGACUACUUCCUGGAAAAAGUACCUUUUUCCGAAGACGCUGUGGAGUUUAUUUUUGCAAACUGCACUGAAUUUUAUUUUAACAAGUAUUUACCGGCCUUUGUCAGUUCGAAAAAUAUGUAACGCGGUUUUAUAUUUUCGACUUAGUGUACUCUGAUACAGCAUUUGACACCAGCGGGUAUUAUUUGCAUAAAGUUAUAUAAAGCUAUGCC